CUUUUUCAAAGGCGGGUCCAAAUUCAGAAUAUCACCCUACGCGUUGAGGAGAGCGCUCGACAGCGUUCGCCUCGUUAACUCCGCGCAUCCCUGCUCAAAACCUCUCUCUCUCUACAAGCCUGCGGUUGGCAUUCUCGGUCGAAAUUGAAGGCUGCAAUUGCGGAAUGGCGGCGAUUUCGAGCAUUGGGACGGCGUCUUACUGGGGCGAGCGCCGGAGCCGGGUUCCGGAUGCGAAGUUGGCAACGGGGAUCUCGAAGGUAGCGGCUGUUGGCUGGAGUAAUUUUCUUAGGUUUUUGUGGCCUCCUGAGAUUGCAGGUCGUUACGUUGGCCAAAGAAUUGCGAGUGGCUCUAAAAGAAAAGGUUCUGCAGUGCAUCAUCGUUUUUGCAUUCAAAUGUCAUUAGUAGAUGACAGAGUUUUUCAUCAAAAUGCUGCUGAAAAAUCUGCAGUUUUGGCUUAUGACUUGGUUCAAGGAAGCCUUGUUAGGUGGAAUUCUGUAGCUGACAAGUCUGUACCUGAUCCACCAACUGCUGUUUUUAUCCAUGGUAUUCUUGGUGGCAGGAAAAACUGGGGUUCUUUUGCAAGGAGAUUAUCACAAGAAUUUCCUAUGUGGCAGUUUCUUUUAGUUGAUUUGCGUUGCCAUGGUGAUUCAGCAUCACUUAAGAAGCUUGACCCUCAUAGUGUCGCUUCUGCUGCCCGGGAUGUUUUGCAGCUUGUGAGACAACUCAGAAUAACUCCUCGAGUCUUAGUUGGACACAGCUUCGGUGGAAAAGUUGCCUUAAGUAUGGUAGAACAAGCUGCAAAGCCUCUUGCACGUCCUGUGAGGGUUUGGGUCCUUGAUGCUACCCCUGGUAAGGUUCGUCCUGGUGGAGAUGGUGAAGACCAUCCUGGUGAAUUGAUUGCUUUCUUGCAACGACUGCCAAGGAAGGUUUCUUCAAAGCAGGAAGUUGUGUCAGCUAUUGUUCAAGAGGGAUUCUCUAAAGAUGUUGCACAGUGGGUGGUGACAAACCUCCGGCCUAUUGAAAAUUCAAAUUCAAGACCUGUUGCCUUCUCAUGGGUCUUCGAUCUCAAUGGUAUUGCUGACAUGUACAAAUCUUAUGAGACAACAAAUAUUUGGGGAAUUGUUGAAAAUGUUCCUCGUGGCGUCCACAUGAACUUCUUAAAAGCUGAGCGAAGCUUACAUAGAUGGGCGCUUGAAGAUCUACAAAGGAUUCAUGCGGCCGAGGAGUUGGCUUCAGAGGAGGGAGCUGGAGUCCAGAUGCAUGUUCUUGAAGAUGCUGGGCACUGGGUGCAUGCAGACAAUCCUGAUGGUCUUUUCAAAAUCCUAUCCAAAUCCUUCAAGUGUACAGUAGCAGCGAAGAAAGUACUAAAUGGUUUAAGAUCCCAGUAGAAGAGAAGACUCUCUACGGUUACAAGAUCAAUAUCCUAAUCCAGCUUUAGCCAUUGCUGGAGUCAAUUCUUUCAUUCAUUUCAUGUGUAUGACCUUUGCUAUCAUGUAUUGCUUUUAACGGCUAGUUGUAAGAUUUGGAGUCUCU